GGGCAGCUUCUGUUAGUGCCCCUUCGCUUCAGCGCCUGGGGUGGUCGCCCCACUCACCCCCUCUCUUGUUAUGGCACUGUUUUCCACACACAUUUCCUGAAUAUUUAACCAGUAUCACUUGAUUUCCUAGACUUAAUAAACUUUUACUUAAAAUUAUAUAAAUGUAGCAGUGAUAAAUUUUAUAUAAGUUUUUUGAUUGCUGUUGAUCAAUUUACCAAACACAUUGUGUGCGCUACCAUUGUUUCAAUCCUAUGUCUUUCCAGUUUUUCCUGUUCUAAGCUGUUCAUUUAAGAGACAUCAAGUACAUCAAUGAGAAAUGGCUAAGCAAAAUUCACCAUCAUUCGGUGAAGUGGUAAAAGAAGUAGCAGAGCAGCAACAUACACAAGCAUCAGAGAUAGAAAAGAGCAAAACAGUCCUUGCCCAGUUGCAGUUUGAGCUUCAGGACCUUGAAAGACAAAGGGACGCUAUUUUAUUAGACACAAAAGCAACAGAAAGGCAAAUUUAUCAGCAAGAUGAUGCUAUAGAAAUGACAGAAUGUAACUGUAAAAGUCUGGAGGCCCAAGUCAGAUCCCUGUAUGCUGAAAACGUAAAGCUUAAACUUGACACAGAAACAGCUGAAGAAGAAUUUGAGGCAAUGCUUGCAAAUAACAAAGCAUAUCGUGAGAAAAUAUUGGUCCAUAAAGCACUGUUUUGGGAGAUUGAAAGCAAAAUGCCAGUUAUGACUGAGCUUGCUAAAAAACAGUCCAUAGUUAAAGAGCUGAAGACAAAGAAGGAACAAUUAAUGCAUCAUCUCCAGAAUCCUAAAGGACAUGUUAUAAAACAAGUGCAGGAAGAAAUUACACACUUAAAAGAGAAAAUUAGUGUAAUGAAAGAGUCUAUCAAUGAAAAGACAAAACACCUUAAAGAAGAGAAAAAAAUGCAUGUUAAGCUUAGAAAAGAGAUUGAGGUACAGAAUAAAAGAUGUGAUGCUAUUCUAAAACGUUUGCAUUGUCAACUGAACAAACUCCAGUCAAAUAAAAGACAGUGGCACUGGAACCUUCAACAGAUGGAAAAAAGGGCAGCUGAACUAAGAAAACGUCUGGGAAUACCAGAGUGCUAGUGCACAAAACAAAUCACAUUAAUUUAUAACAUGGGUCAUCCUUUAUAAGUAACAGAUGGUUGCUGGACAUAAUCCAUUGAACCUUAGAUCAAAGAUAAGGUUUUGUUUUUUGUUUUUUUUUUCCUUUUCCAAGGUUUUCUCCUUCCUGUUGCAUGCCCUAGAAUACUUUGUAUUCCAUACUCACCCUUUAGUAACCUGGAACACUCUUCCUUUUUGUUCAUGCCUAGGAAGGAGUUAAUUGAAGUUUCCAGGCUGUCUCCAAAGCAUCAACCAAUUUUAUUUAAAUACUUGUGCACACCCAGUUAAGUUUGGGAACUUCCUUUUGGUUUGAUUGGAUUUUUUUAAAGAUGAAAAAGGUCUGCACUGUAUAACAUCCAGAAGAAUGUGUGCGCAGCAUAUAAUUGCAUUUAUAGGGAUAGAAAACCUCCUGAUCUUUCAUGCACAGGCCUAAUAAGGGCAAUAUGCUAAGUAACUUUGGGAUCUAACUUUGUAGCAUGGUAUUUUGCCCUGUG